AUGAGCGGCAAGCUCAGCCCUAACCUGAUGAAGCCCACCCUCAAGACGGGCUCCUCCCACCACAGCCCCAAGCACAGUCCCGCGCACGUGCCUAGCAGCCCCAAGCACAUCAUCCCCAAGCACAUCAUCCGAAGGGUACCGCGUCAAUUCGUCGUAAUCCAUCCGAAGAGCCACGGCACCUCCCCAAAGCAUCCCUCGGCCAGCGGCUCGGGCAAACCCAGCAUGUCGACCUUGAAGAGCGCCGCCAACUCCCCCAGUAGUAAAAAUAGCGACUCGAAAACGAAAUCCGCUUCCAAGGACUCUUCCAGGGACAAGGACAAGAAAAUGUCGGGUGUGUUUAACGUGAGUGCGUCAAAAAACAAGUCGUCCGUGAAAGUGAAACCGCUAGAUUUGAACGCGGACACGUUGAGCGGAGUCCAAGAUGGGCUGCCUUCCCCUAGUUCGACGGACGUGUCGAAAUCGUCGAACUCGAACCAGGUUAGAAACAGAAAGGGAUCGCUUUCGGCGAUCGUAGAUAAGUUGAAAUCGUCAGCGCAACACUGUGAUGGUGCCACGGACUUGAGUAGUAAGUCGUCGAGUGGGGGGAGUGGGAGUGGUGGGGGUAACAGGGAGAGGAGCGGGCAGGUGUCGACGAAGCUGAACGAGAUUUACAAUACGUUCACGGGAGCAAUGGAAAAACGUAAAAGGGCCCAGCGUAUUACCCAAGAGGCCCAAAAGUUCGUAGCGGACAAGCCAGAUCUUUUAGAAAAGAUAUGGGAAGGGUUGAUAGCAAAACUAAAUUCUGUGGGAGGACCACAAAAAAGUUUUCAGCAGUUCAGAGAGUACACCAAGAAUAUAACAUAG